AUGAAGUGGGUGGUAUCAAUUUUUUUAAUUUUCCUACUGAAUUUUGCUGAAUCUAGAACAAUGCAUAAGAAUGCAUAUGGAAUAGCUUCCAUAUUGGAUUCUUCCCAAUGUUCUGCAGAGAUGAAUUUAGUCGACCUAGCUACCAUAUUUUUUGCUCAGUUUGUUCAAGAAGCCACUUAUAAAGAAAUAAACAAAAUGGUGAAAGAUGUAUUUACUGUAAUUGAGAAAUCCACUGGCAGUGAGCAGCCUGCAGGGUGUUUAGAAAGCCAGCUAUCUGCCUUUCUGGAAGAAAUUUGCCAUGAGAAGGAAAUUCCUGAAAAGUAUGGAUUUUCAGACUGUUGCAGCCAAAGUGAAGAAGAAAGACUUACCUGUUUACUGGCACAUAAAAAGGCCACUCCAGCAUCCAUUCCACCCUUCCAGGUUCCAGAACCUGUUACGAGUUGUAAAGCUUAUGAAGAAAACAGGGGCAUGUUCAUGAACCGAUACAUCUAUGAGAUAGCAAGAAGGCACCCCUUCUUGUAUGCACCUACAAUUCUUUCUUUGGCUGCUGACUAUGACAAAAUAAUUCCACCUUGCUGCCAAGCUGAAAAUGCAGUCGAAUGCUUCCAAACAAAGGCAGCAUCAAUUACAAAAGAAUUAAGAGAAAGCAGCUUGUUAAAUCAACAUAUAUGUGCAGUAAUGAGAAAUUUUGGAUCCCGAACCUUGCGAGCCAUAACUGUUACUAAACUGAGUCAGAAGUUUCCCAAAGUUAAUUUUACUGAAAUUCAGAAACUGGUCCUAGAUGUGGCCCAUGUACACAAGGAAUGCUGCAGAGGAAAUGUGCUGGAGUGUCUUCAUGAUGGGGAAAAAAUUAUGUCCUACCUAUGUUUUCAACAAGAUACUCUGUCAAGCAAAAUUGCCGAAUGCUGCAAACUGCCUGCACUUGAACUUGGUCAAUGCAUAAUUCAUGCAGAAAAUGAUGACAAACCUGAAGGCUUAUCUCCAAAUCUAAAAAGGUUUUUAGGAGAGAGAGAUUUCAACCAGUUUUCUUCAAGGGAAAAAGAUAUCUUCAUGGCAAGAUUUACUUAUGAAUACUCAAGAAGACAUACUAAGCUUGCUGUCCCAGUAGUUCUAAGAGUUGCUAAAGGAUACCAGGAGUUACUGGAGAAGUGUUCCCAGUCUGAAAAGCCUCUUGAAUGCCAGGAUAAAGGGGAAGAAGAAUUAGAGAAAUAUAUCCAGGAGAGCCAAGCAUUGGCAAAGCGAAGCUGUGGCCUCUUCCAGAAAUUAGGAGAAUAUUACCUGCAAAAUGCAUUUCUUGUUGCGUACACCAAGAAAGCCCCUCAGCUGACCCCACCUGAGUUGAUGGCCUUCACCAAGAAAAUGGUGGCCACAGCAGCCACUUGUUGCCAAUUCAGUGAGGACAAACGAUUGGCUUGUGGUGAGGGAGCGGCUGACCUUAUUAUAGGACAAUUGUGCAUCAGGCACGGUGAGACUCCUGUAAACCCUGGGGUUGGCCAGUGCUGCACUUCUUCUUAUGCCAACAGGAGACCGUGUUUCAGCAGCUUGGUGCUGGAUGAGACAUAUGUUCCUCCAGCGUUCUCAGCUGACCAGUUCGUCUUCCAUAAGGAACUGUGCCAAGCACAGGGUGUAGCACUGCAAACAAUGAAGCAACAGUUUCUCAUUAACCUUGUGAAGCAAAAGCCACAGAUAACAGAGGAACAGCUUGAGGCCGUGACUGCAGAUUUCUCUGGCCUACUGGAAAUGUGCUGUCGGGGCCCAGAGGAGGAAGCCUGCUUUGCAGAACAGGGUCCAAAACUGAUUUCAAAAACUCGUGCUGCUUUGGGAGUUUAAGUUAUGUCAGGGGGAAGAAAAGAAGAUAAAAUAAGUCUUUAUGGUUUGGUGUGAAUCUUUCCCUUUAGUUCUGACUUAGUAGUUUCUGUGAAUUAAUGAAAUGAUGAAGACUUUUAUGUGAGAUUUCCCUAUUAUAGAAAUAAAGUACAUCCAAGUGUU